UGGAAGUCACUGUCCUUUAUUUUUCUCCGCUCUUUCAAAAAAGUUUGAAACUUCAACCUAAAUGAGAUAUUAUCAAGUCCGUGGAACUUGGCUCGCCAAUAUUUCUCGAUAAUUCUUCGAGCCAUGGAAAAACAGUUGCAGAGAUACGAGUCAUACGCUCGCGGCGUUAAGGGACUCUUGCAACUGGCUGGAUUAUGGCCGGGCUCCGCUGCCUCAAAGUUAUUCCAAUUGAUAAUCGUUUCUCAUUUCACAUUCAGCGGCAUCACCGUUUGUGGCAUUGCGUAUUUCGUUCUCAGCCACAUUACGAAUCUUGAUCUUAUCACGAAAGGCCUUGGGAUUGCUGUCAGCUUUUGCACCAUCUUACUGAAGGUCACGGUGUUCGUAACGUAUCGGGGUAGUCUGGUCGAGCUGCACGAAACGUUGGAAAAAAAUUUCCGUAAAGACCUAGAAAAUGAGGAAUAUCGAUCAGUGCUGUUAUCACCGAUCGGACAUUUCGACCGACCGACUCAGUGUCUAUCGCUCUCAACGUUAGCAAUCACCAUAAUGUACUUUUUGAAUCCAAUAAUAUCGAUUGCGAUUCAGCUGUCACACGGAGCCGGACUCGCGAAGCAUCGUACGCCCUUUCCAUCAAAAUACCCCUUUCCAGAAAGCAACGCUUUGUACGCGACUCGUUACAUAAUCGAGGUUGGUGCCGUCUACGCGAUCGGUUCUAUAACCGCAGCGACCGAUGCGCUUUUCGGCUUUUACAUCUUUCAAAUAGUCAGCCAACUCCGCGUCCUUGGCUAUCGAAUGAACAAACUAACUGCGGCUGACGAUUACCAAAGAAUCAUCAAAGAGUGCGUCACACAACGCGAGAUCCUCGCUCAGUGCCGUGACAAACUCCAGAAAAUUUAUGGCCCCAUUAUCCUCUGGAUGCUCACGACAAGCGCCAUGGUCAUGUGCACCAACAUCUUCCAAGCCUCACACAUCAGCAUGGACAAAGCUUUUUUGAUUUUCUUUUACAUCGCCAUGAAGCUCCUGCAAACUCUGCUUUAUGGGUGGUUUGGAUUGUGUCUGACGACCGAGUCAGAAGCUUUUCGAGAUUCUAUUUACUGUUGCGGAUGGCCAGGCUGCGGUGACAAAAUAUUUCUGUCCAGUGUCAAAACGAUGUUAUUGUGUGGUUCUCUGGUCCUGAAAGCCUGCCAGUUCUACGUUAUAUCGGUAGACAUGUUCAUAGCGAUAAUGAACACCGCUUUAUCAUACUUUUUCUUGCUGCGGACGCUCGAAGAGAAAUGAGCUUGAUCAGGUGAAGAGCUUGCUGACUAUUUCGUGUCUUGGUUUAUAAGGAAGUAUCAAUAAAAUAAUUGCUCAACUG